AUGCAAACUCGAAGUUCAGGUUCAGAUGAUUUAACACCUUUUGAUUCUGAGAUCGAAGCUACUGCAAGAAGACGAAGAGGUAGAAGAAGGAGAAAUCAAAAUAUAAGAAACAUGUUCAACCCAGGAACAAAAUCUCUUUUGGAGUAUGGUAUUUCGAAUACAACAACCGGAUUUCUCUCCAGUAUUGUUAGACCACCUGUCACCGCUCAGAGUUUUGAGUUGAAGCCCCAAUUCGUACAGUUCAUCUCCAAUGAUUCUUUUGCGGGCUCAUCAAAUGAUUUACCUGUGACUCACAUUGAUAGUUUCUUGGAAAAGUGUGACACUAUGAAGCUCAACGGUGUCACUGAUGAUGCUAUUAGACUACGCCUUUUCCCUUUUUCAUUAAGGGAUAGGGCAAGGGAGUGGCUACGAGAUGAAGGUAUUGGUUCCUUUGAUACGUGGGACAAGCUUGCAAAGGCCUUCCUAGUAAAAUUCUUGGGGCAAGAGAAAACCGCGAAAUUAAGGAACGAGCUAUCUACCUUCCAUCAAUAUAAUGAUGAAUCCUUAUAUGAGGCAUGGAGAAGGUUUAAGCGAUUGCAGAGACAAUGCCCUCACCAUGGUAUUCCAGAAUGGAUGUUGAUCCAAACAUUCUAUAAUGGUUUAACCCAUGAGUUUCGCAUAUACAUUGAUGUUGUGUCUGGAGGUUCUAUCAUGACGAAGAAUCCAACCGAUGCGAAGGAUUUGAUUGAGAAGAUGGCGGCUAAUGAUAAUUACCAUCCAAGGGGACGAAAUGCUAACACAGGUAAUAAACAUGAUGUUGAUGCGCUAACCAUGUUGUCUAGUUCUGUGCAGGCACUAACUCAUAAAGUCAAUCAACUCCAAGCUGAGUCCCCUCGACCCUCGAUGGAAACUUGUCAAAUGUGUGGAUUGCAAGGCCAUACUGCGCGGGAGUGUCAGCCCAAUUAUGAUGGAAUGACGAUUGAGCAAGCUAAUGCUUUCUAUACCACGACCUCCACAAGGCCAUUUGAUGAAGGGUGGAGAAAUCAUCAAGGGUUCUCAUACAAGAACACUCAAGCUAUAGAAAAUCCUCCACCACCACCAGCUUUUCAGGCAAUGACACCUUUAAAUCAUCAUCCCAUGCACCAACCACCACCUCAAUCUUCAAAUCUUGAAUCCAUUAUGGAGACUUUUGCUACCUCCCAGCGUCAACAACAAGAGCUUAUAUCGAAGCAAUUUGAUUUACAAGCAAAGCAAAAUGAAUAUUUUGAAAACUCAAUUCAAUUGCUUGUUGCUCAAAAUAAGAGGAUAGAAACUCAUAUUUCUCAACUAUCACAACAAGUGAGUCAUCUAUCAACUCUUCAAGAUCAAGCAAAAGUCCAGACGAAACAAUGCAAUGCAAUUUUCGUGAAGAGUGAUGAAUUGUUUACGGGUGGAUUAGAAGAGAAAGUGUGCAAUGUGGAGUCAAGAACUGAGAAGCAUGAGAGAGAAAGUCCCAAAUAUGUUGCUCCACAAGCAUAUGAGGAGCCGAUACCUUUCCCGCAAAGGUUAUCAAAAGUUGUGCUCGAUAAGCAUUUUGGGAAGUAUUCCGAGACUCUUAAGAAGGUAUAUGCUACCAUUCCUUUUUCCGAUCUUGUAGUUCAAAUGCCUCAAUUUGCAAAUUUUGUGAAAGGAAUUCUAGAUCAUGAUCAUAAUGAUAAGAAAUUAGAAAGUUUGGUAGUAAAGGAGAAAUGUCUUGAUCCUUUACAUGAUAGCUUACCACCUAAAUUGCAUGAUCCUGGUAGUUUUACUAUCCCUUGUAUGAUAAACGAAACAUAUUUUAAUAGGGUCUUGUGUGAUUUAGGUGCUAGUGUUAAUUUAAUGCCUUCUUCUUUGUAUGAAAAAUUAGGUUUGAAAAAACUUAAACCCUCUCCCAUAUCUCUUCAAAUGGCUGAUAGAACUGUUAAACUCCCUAAGGGUGUAGUUGAAGAUGUAUUAGUUGGGAUUGGUGAACUUGUAUUUCCAGUUGACUUUGUUGUAGUGGAUAUGAAAGAAGACCUUAAGAUCCCAUUAAUCUUUGGUCGUCCUUUUCUUGCUACAAGUCAAGCUUUAAUAGAUGUUCCUAAAGGACAAGUGACCAUUAGAGCUCAGGAUAAACAAGUUGUGUUUAAGCUUUUCAAUGACCAUAAUUUUACUUUUGAUGAUGAUACCUGUUUGAGAAUUGAUGCUACUAACCCUUUGGUUAAUCAUUGUGUUUCCAAUAGAAAUCAUGUGCGCAAAAAGGAUAAUAUUCCACCACAUGAUGGGUUUAGCUACCUCAAAAUAAGCUCGGAUACAAAGCACAUCAACUCUAAUUUGAAGGAGUCGUUUGGAGAUGGAUAUAUUGAUGAGAAAUACCACAUAGUAUCUUCUUCGUGUGGUGACCCAGGUUGA